CAAAGUUCUUUUUGCUUUAAUUUAUAAUAAUAUACGUUUAUUAAGAUCAAAUUUCUUUGUAAACAAAAAAUCAUACGGAAGAGAGAAAGAGAGAGAGAAAAACGUGAAGUUGGUGAAAGUUUUUUUCACUUGACACGCGUGCUUUGCAUUCCAUCGCACGAGAAGCCACAUCUUCGCGAUUUCAAACUGACGGAAUUUGUCGCAUUCUUGUGACACGCGUAUUCUGAAUGAUACCGAAGCCGACGCGACAGGCAACUCGACAGUGAAAGAACUUUCUUCACAAUUACGAAGACCGGCUAGCUGCGCCGGUCGAUCGGCACGGGUUUCUUUGUGGAACCGAAGUGAAAGCGUGCGCGAGCGUGACGGUGAUCUUUGGCGAAUAGUUCUCUGUAGCAUCUCCGUCAAAUCGGCGCAGAACACCGAAAAGGAAAAUACCACCGAAGAGAACAAAAACGUUUUCGUCAAAUGUUCGUGGAAGCGCGAUAUAAUGCACGUUUGCGGCGGGAUCCGACGAAACACGUGGUGUGCGGUGUCCCAUUGGUGUGAAAGAGAAACAACACGUUCGUGAUAAUUAUUAUUAUUAAUUUUAGUGCAGCGUGAAUGGCGAGUGAAAAUAUGCAUUUGCCUGCGCAGUUUCACCGGCAGUCUACACUUCUUAUCUUAAUUCUGAUUCUUUACGUUUCAACGUCAGCUGAUACUCGUGGGUUUCGUCAGGAAGUUGUAACAGCGCCUUCUAACAAUUCGUCGAUCGCUUCGAGUCGAACUCGCGACGGCAAAUUUUUAUUCGACGAACUGUUCGGUUUCGAUAUCAGCGAUAUCGAAAGUGACGAGGAGACGUUGAAAAACUGCACGUGCGAGUGCGGUUUGUCCAAUCAACCGAAGAACCGAAUCGUUGGAGGACGACCGACGACACCGCAUAGAUAUCCUUGGGUCGCGAGACUCGUGUACAACGGUCAAUUUCACUGCGGUGCUAGUCUACUCAGCAAUGAUUACGUAAUUACCGCGGCUCAUUGUGUGCGAAAACUGAAGCGAUCCAAGAUGCGCAUAAUUCUCGGCGAUCACGAUCAAUACGUGAAUACCGAUGGAGUUGCUAUCAUGAGAGCGGUGAGUGUUGUGAUACGUCAUAGGAAUUUCGAUAUGAACUCCUUCAAUCACGACGUGGCUCUUCUGAAGCUACGCAAGUCCGUGAAAUUCUCCAAGAAAGUUCGUCCGGUUUGUCUGCCUCAACCAGGAACCGAUCCAGCCGGAAAAGAGGGAACGGUUGUGGGAUGGGGUCGAACGGGAGAGGGAAGUACGCUGGCUGGAGAAGCGCGCGAAGUGCAAGUGCCGAUAUACAGUUUGACGCAGUGUCGAAAGAUGAAGUACCGAGCGAAUCGAAUUACCGAGAAUAUGAUCUGCGCCGGUCAAGGUAGUCACGAUUCCUGUCAGGGCGACAGUGGCGGGCCUCUUCUCGUGGAAGAAAGCGACAGAUAUGAAAUAGCUGGAAUAGUUUCGUGGGGAGUUGGUUGCGGUAGACCUGGCUAUCCCGGAGUUUACACACGAGUUGCCAGAUAUCUGAACUGGAUCAAAUUGAAUAUGAAGGAAGGCUAUUCGAAGAGUACAGAUGAUAUAAUAAUCGUUAUCACAUGCGAUCACAUACGUGAUCAUCGUGUUGGCGCGAUCGCACACGGCGGAAAAUUAGGCGACAAAAUGAAAAACUUCUUCGGGCUUUUCGGCAAUAAGCCACCUUACUCCAAUGACUCACCCGCACCUUGCUACUGCAGUUGCGGAUUGCGAAAUGAGGAAAGUCGCAUAGUCGGAGGGCAGCCGACUAGUAUGAAUGAAUAUCCAUGGAUGGCGAGACUAUCUUACUUGAACAAAUUUUAUUGCGGAGGCGCGCUCAUUAACGAUCGCUACGUGAUUACAGCCGCGCAUUGUGUGAAGGGUCUUAUUUUCAGAUUUAUGUGGUUCAUGAUCAAGGUUACUUUCGGGGAGCACGACAGAUGCGUCGAGAAAAACCCGGAAACCCGAUACGUCGUGCGCGUCAUGACUGGCGACUUCAGUUUCCUGAAUUUCGAGAAUGACAUCGCGCUACUUCGCCUCAACGAGAGAGUGCCACUGAGCGACACGAUACGGCCGAUUUGUCUGCCGACUAAAUUGGACAACGAGUACGUAGGAGUGCAAGCGAUCGCGGUAGGUUGGGGUACGUUGCAAGAGAACGGCAAACCGUCCUGCAUUCUUCAGGAAGUCGAGGUUCCAGUCAUGAGUCUUCAGGCUUGCCGCAAUACCAGUUACAGUCCCCGAAUGAUCUCGGACAAUAUGCUCUGCGCGGGAUAUCUAGAGGGCCAGAAAGAUUCGUGUCAGGGUGACAGCGGCGGGCCAUUGAUAGCUGAGCGCGAGGAUAAAAAAUACGAGCUUAUCGCGAUAGUUUCCUGGGGUAAUGGGUGUGCACGGCCUGGAUAUCCGGGCGUAUACACUAGGGUCACUCGGUAUAUGGAUUGGAUCUUGAAAAAUUCAAAGGACGGCUGCUUUUGUGAGAACUGACCUACCUAACUGCUCGUGUCGCGUUUAUUAGACAUUUAUACGACAAAGGGCAUGAUAGAAUUUUGAUACGCUACUGUAAAUACGUUUUUUCUCUGACUUUGCGUUGUAUUCUCAGGAUACAAAAAUACUCAAUUAUUGCCAAGAAGAUUACUUGUAGUGAGAUUUUGAAAUAGAUUUAAGCUACUAGUAUCUCGUAUCUUUUUAUGGAAACUUUUUAUUCUUACAUGUACAAUGUUUUGUACGAAAGUGUGUAAUAAAAAUUUUUUCAAAUUA